CUCAUCAGGAGGCGGAGUUUAGCGUCCGUAUUUUCUCCCAAAGCAGUUGCCGGGAACAUGGCGGCUCCUGGUCCUGUGACUCCCGGGGCACCCUUUGAACCAUCACAGCCCCCAGUCAUUGAGGGCUUUAGCCCCAGUAUCUACAGCACUCAAGAAAGCUUCAAGGAAAAAUUUCUUCGCAAGACCCGGGAGAACCCAAUGGUACCCAUAGGCUGCCUGGGCACGGCGGCCGCCCUAACCUACGGCCUCUACUGCUUCCAUCGGGGUCAGAGCCACCGCUCUCAGCUCAUGAUGCGCACCCGGAUCGCUGCCCAGGGCUUCACGGUCGCAGCCGUCUUGCUGGGUCUGGCUGCAUCUGCUAUGAAGUCUCGAUCCUGAGUCCGAGACCUGGCCGUGAAAGUUACACAGAGACCAUUCCCAGCCCCAGGAGCAACCACCGGUCCCGCUACCUGACUUAUUCCCACGACUCCCCUGACAAGCCCCUGUAUCAGCGGGGGAGGAAGUGGCCAAUUGUGUAACUGACAGGUGUUUUUUCAGGAAUCUGAUUCGGUUCAGUUUGGGUGUUGCAUAGUUCUAUUUGUGCCCCACUUUCUUCCUACUUAAUAAACUGAUCCACUUGUA